AUGAGUGCAAUCUAUCGCAUGGUCAAAGAGACCCAAGAUAGCCUCUCAGACGAGGACCUCCUACCCCUUAAGUCCUACAAGUAUUCGAGUGUCGACAAGUCGUUUAUUUCCCAGUAUAUCUUGAAGCACUACUGGAAUGCCUUCGUCGAGGUUGUGCCGAUGUGGAUGGCCCCGAAUAUGGUGACCCUUCUCGGGUUUAUGUGGAUCGUGGCCAAUAUCUUUAUAAUUGAGAUUUUCGUGCCAGAUAUGGUGGGACCCGGCCCCGCAUGGAUUUACUACAGCUUUGCUCUUGGCAUGUGGAUGUAUUCGACCCUCGACAAUGUGGAUGGUAAACAGGCACGCCGGACCGGGACGUCCAGCGGACUCGGAGAACUUUUUGAUCACGGUAUCGACUCUCUGAACUGCACUCUUGCCAGUCUGCUUUCGACCGCCGCAAUGGGCUUCGGAGCCACGCAUCUUGGUGCUUGGACCGCACUCGUGCCUUGCCUGGCCAUGUAUUUCUCGACAUGGGAGACCUUCCACACCCACACCCUCUACCUCGGCUACUUCAAUGGCCCUACCGAGGGCCUUCUCAUCGCCAUUGGAAGUAUGAUUGCUUCCGGAAUUUGGGGCCCUGGGAUAUGGUCUCAACCCAUUGUGGGGUUCCUUAACUUCCCUCUAAUCUUCGGCAACAACUCGAUCAAAGACCUGUGGGUCCCCAUUCUCCUGGGUGGCUUCUUCCUUGGCCAUCUCCCUGGAUGUGUUAUGAAUGUGGCCGAAGCCCGCAAGAAGCAGGGCCUGCCGUUCGCUCCGUUGCUGAAGGAAUGGGUGCCGAUGAUCAUCUUCACUUUCUCCAACAUUGCCUGGCUGUUCUCGCCUCAUUCGGCUAUUCUUUCCGACAACCACCUGGUUUUGUUCUGCUGGGUUCUUGCGUUCGUGUUUGGACGCAUGACUACCAUGAUCAUUUUGGCCCACCUCCUGAGACAGCCCUUCCCCUACUGGACUGUGAUGCAGGCCCCUCUCAUCGGUGGCGCGGUCCUCGUCAACUUGCCGAUGAUCGGCUUACCAGCCAUUGCUCCAUGGCUGGAACUGCUCUAUCUGCGGCUGUACUUCAUCUACGCCCUGGUCAUCUACAUGCACUGGGCGGUCCUCAUUAUCAACCGCAUCACCACUUUCCUCGGCAUUAACUGCCUUACUAUCCGAAAGGAUAAAGGUGUUGCGCGAGAUAGAGCUUAUCGCGACCUUGGUGAAUCGUCCCACCUAGAUCGGUCUCACGCUUCGACUGACACAUCCAAGACCCAUUAA